CUGGGCAGGACUCCAAAGGUGCAGCAGCAGCAGCAGCAGCAACAAGCCGGAGUUCAAAGUUAGCAGUAAAUUGCACAACUUCCAGCUCAUCGUUACGCUCUGUGACUAUUAACAAGCUGGAAGGCGCUCAGGGAAAAAAAAUAGGGGAAAAGGGAACACCCUCGAAUUGUUUGGGGAUCGCUGAUGUUAUGCUUCUGCCGCUGGGAUCAUGGCUCCCUUUGGAAGGAAUUUAUUAAAAACCCGGCAUAAAAACAGGUCUCCCAACAAGGACAUGGCUUCAAAUGAGAGGGAGAUUGUGGUUUGGGUUUGCCAGGAAGAGAAGAUUGUAUGCGGCCUGACAAAGCGCACAACCUGCGCAGAAGUAAUUCAAGCACUGCUUGAGGAACACCAGGCGACAUUUGGAGAGAAAAAGGUCCUUUUUGGAAAACCUAGUGAUUACUGCAUUGUAGAAAAAUGGAGAGGCUCAGAGCGAGUACUUCCUCCCUUGACAAAGAUUCUGAGACUUUGGAAGGCCUGGGGGGAAGAGCAGUCUAAUUUGCACUUUGUGUUGGUAAAGUCAGAUGCUUUCCUCUCAUUUCCAUUGUGGAAGACAGCUGAAGCUAAAGUAGUACAAAAUGUAGAAAAACAGUGGGAGCUCAGUCCAGCAAAUUACAUGAAGAUGUUGCCGAUAGACAAGCAAAAGAAAAUUGUUAGGAAGACUUUCCGGAAACUGGCCAAGCUUAAACAGGACAGCGUUCAGCAAGAGAGAGAUAAUAUGGAGACACUGAUUCAUCUGAUAAUUUCUCAAGAUCAUACCAUUCAUCAACAAGUCCUUAGAAUGAAGGAACUAGAUAUGGAAAUUGAAAAAUGUGAAGCAAAAUUCCAUCUAGAUCGUGUGGCCAAUGAUGGAGAAAAUUAUGUGCAGGACUCCUAUUUAAUGAUCAAUCCAAGUGAGGCUGAGCAGCAAGGGAGUAGGCCAGAUGAACAGAAAGAGAUGCAUGACUAUUUGAGCAAAAGUGAGGGAAUGCUACAGGUUGAAGAGAGACUGAAACAUCACAAACAAUUAAUAGAGAAGCUGUGUGCUGAAAUUGAAAGAGAGGUACAUGGUAUAUGCACAGAAAAAAAUGGAGAUGAUGUUCGUACGGAAGGAGCUGCUAAUGCUGAAGUGGAAAACACAAAUUUGGAAAAUGUAAAAUAUGAGCUGGAAAAAAGUAUGAAAGAUGGUCUGAGAAUCAACUCAUACUUGAGCUGUAUUCAGAAAGAACUUACAUACAGGGACUCACUGCUUCAAAAGAAGGAAAAAGAAUAUGAACUUCUUACAGAAGAAUUCAAUUUACUACAUGUGAAAGACAGUAUUGAAACUAGGCUUCCAUCAAACGAAGAGCCAUCCAAGGGCAGUGGCAUCUCCAGUAACAGCAUUGCUGUUCCUGACUUUGUUCAUAGAGUGACUAAUCUGGACAUAAAUGAUACAGACUCUGACACUGGAAUCAGCUCUACACACAGUCAGGACUCUGAAAUAACUUCAGGGGACAUGGGACUGUUGUCAACAUAGUUGAAAACAGUCACGCGUUUAUGAAAAGUCAUAUUUUGGAGGAUAUUUAUAAGAAUUAGUAAACCUUGUUGUCUUGAGAUUUCAGCCGUUCAAGAUGUUAAAACUGGCACCACUUUAGCCAAGUAAACAGUGCCUAUUUAUGUACUUAAUAGUAUACUUGUGCUUAAAUGCAUGGGCAGUCUCAUGAGUUAACUGCUAAUAGGUGCAAGGUUGUUGGCUCUGCUAAAUAAGGACAGACUGUUUAGACCUUUAUAUUGACACUCAGUGAAACAUUCUGACUGGCUUGGACCAAAAGCCUGGAGAUUUGAUAUCCCCUAAUCUUUGGGUCCACUUCCACAUCUCUUUUUAGGAAUGUGAAUUGGAGACUAUACCAGACAGUGAGCUUGAUUUUCUGCUCUGUUACAUUAGCUUUAUUCAGCUGGAGUUUCCCUGCAUGAAGCUGCUGUAAAGGAAUAUAUAAUCGAGCAUGUACUACAUUAAAAAAUAUUCUUUUAUGAUAUUGUAGGACAAAAAAAUGCAAUUGCAUUUAUGCUGUGUAUUUAAAUUUAGUUUUGAGUUAUCAGAAUGAUAUUUUUAAAAAUUCCUAAGUCCCAUUUUAAAAAUUGACUUGUACACAUACGUUUUUAAUUUCCAUUCUCUUUCAGCAGUGUUUAACUGCUUCAAAGAUCCUUAAAACCCCUACUUAUCUGCUGUUACCCUGUAGUUGCCCCAGUGGUGCUUAAGUCCACAUAGUUUCUGCCAGUGGGCAUGUCAGAACUGCCCGCGUCCUGUUUGUGUGAGACAUCCAAAUCCCAAGCUCACAUGUAACCCCAGGGGCAUUUUCAACAAGGCUUUCUCCUGCCUAUCUCACCAGUCGGACCCAGUGUCUUAGGCCUCCUCAGAUCACGGCUACCAAGUAAAGCAUAACAGAAGGGACAGUCAGGAACCAGACAAUUCUGGCCCUGGCUAGACACUGUUUCCCAAUAGCCAGGUGGUUACCAUUUUCACAUAGCAGGUAGGUGUUCAAAUCCCAUCUCAUGCUGUCUUGGAGCAGGCAUAUGGACGUGUAAAUCCUACUUCCUCAGUAAGGACUUUGGGAUGCAGCUAAAGCUGAUCCACUUUAUAUAGCUAAUUAAAUAUUGGACCCC